GUCAUUAGUGUCAAGCAAAGACACUCCAUAUGUAUAGAGUGUCUUUGGUGUCAAGCUUCAGUUUUAACGUUUUCCGUUUUGGAAUUUUUGUUUUGCUUUUUCAUUGGUUUUUUUGUUUAAUAUUUUAAUUUAAUAAAAAAAGUGUACGGUGUGAAGCUUGAUAAAUAAAUAAAUAAAUAAUUUUAACUUCAAACCGCAGAGUUUCUAUUCUACAAAUGGAAGAUAUAUCCUAAUGUGCCUUUUUGAUUACUAAAACUAUUGAAAAAUAGUAAAAUUAUUUACCUACAAAUCAAAAUUCUCGAAUAACUAAUAAUGAAGUUGUUACUAAUCGUAUUACUUUUUGGUAUUGUAACAAACGGCCAACUUUACCAAAACACCUAUCAGAAUAAUGACUAUCAACCACGUUACAAUACUCAAUUUGGAAAUACGAAUUCCUUAAUGCAACAAUCACAAUUUAAUAAUCCCACACUAUUACAAUCGCAAAAUGAAUUACAAAAACAAACGUCGUCAAUAGGCGUAUCAAACAAUCAAAAUUCUAAUCAAAAUUCAAAUCCUAAUCAGAAUUUCAACGACGGAACGAAUUUCGAUUCGUUUACGAGGCCAAAUUAUGCCAGCAAUUCCAUUGAUCCGUCGACGGAUGAAAGUAGUUUUUGUCCAGAGCAUUGGAUUUCUCAUCGACAGACUUGCUAUCGAUUUAUUAAAUCGCCCAAACGUAAUUGGAAUGACGCGCGAAAGAUUUGCAAAGCUUACAAUGCCGAUUUGGUAAACAUAGACAACAUGGAAAAGCAUUCGUUUAUUCUGAAGGAACUUAUACUUCAAAACCAGAAGCAAAAUCGCUUUUGGAUAUCAGCACGUCAGCUGGGUCCCAAUAGUUGGACCAAUGAUGAUAAUUCCAAGUUCAUCGGCCAAGAGGAUUCGUUCUCCUACGAAGACCAUCCCAUCGAAAAUGAAGAUUUGCAUGACAAUCGGUUUUUGGUGACGCAGAACAAAAAUCGCUACGGCACACAGCAGAAUUUUAAUUACAAUGCCCUAAGCGGUAGUGGUACUAAUCGAAAUCGGAACGUCCUAAUCAAUGGACAGCCAUAUUCCAACGAGUACGGUGUGAAGGAUCGGUUGGUUUAUGGGUUUUCUAGAUCAAAUGACAAAUGGAUGUUUAUGCCGUCGUAUGACUUUGAAGUUAAUCUUUUUAUCUGCGAAUCCCGUGAAUUGUUUGAUCCUGAAAAUUUCAACUUAAAAAACGAUGAUCGCCGCCCAUUCGACUACGGAUUAGAUGUAAAGGAUUUAGAUAAAAUACCUCGUGGGCCGUAUUUUGUUAGGCAACCGAAUGAUACAACUUUCGACACGAGCAAGACACGAAUAAUCAACGAUGUUACACUGAGUUGUUUGGCAGGAGGCUACCCAACGCCGGUUUAUCGGUGGUAUAAAGAAGAAUAUGUCAAUGAUACGUUGAAAUUCUUCCUCAUUGAACCACUGAAAAAUGAUCGGUACACAUUGAGUGGGGGUAAUCUAAUAAUUUAUGCUCCGAAACAAGCCAUAGAUCAAGGACUGUAUCAUUGUCUAGCUGAGAACCGCUUUGGGCGAAUUCGAUCGGAAAGUGCUCAACUUAACUUUGGCUUUAUUAUGGAAUUCAAUUUGAAGAGGUCUGCGGAAACCGGAGAAAUGAACUGGGGAAAAUCAGUUUUCUGCGAUCCACCACAACAUUAUCCUGAUGUGAAGUACUAUUGGUCGAGGGAUUACUUUCCCAAUUUCGUAGAAGAAGAUCAGAGGGUUUUUGUGUCGCGAGAUGGUGCUCUGUAUUUUUCGUCAAUUGAAUCCGUUGACCGAGCAAAUUAUUCAUGCACCGUCCAAAGCUUUGUCAGUGAUACCGGGCGAAAUGGGCCAUUUUUCCCCCUUCGAGUCCACCCGAAUAGUAACUAUCAGGCUCUUAUAUUUGCUAAUUCAUUUCCGAAAGUAUUUCCCGAAGCUCCAAUUGCCGGCGAAGAUAUACGUUUGGAAUGCGUGGCAUUUGGAUAUCCAAUUCCAACCUACAAUAUAACACGUAAGGGUAUGCCUCUGCAGAGAAACGCCUACCAAACGAACUACAAUAGGGUGUUGAUUAUACAAAAUGCCACAGUUAAUGAUAACGGCGAAUACGUGUGCACUAUUUCAAAUCCUCGCAAAACUAUAGAGAAGUCUAUAUUCAUUAAUAUACAAAUGAAGCCAGAAUUCACAAUUCCGCUAAAGGACAAGAUCAAGGAUUAUAACAGUGAGGUGACGUUUAUUUGUGAAUCUUCAGCCAUUCCUGAUGUUAACUAUACCUGGUAUAAAAAUGCUGAACUGUUGGACUAUGAACGUUUAGACAAGGAUCGUUAUACUAUUCAAGACAAUGUUAUGACCAUUAAAUAUUUGGAUCCGGAAAAGGACGAUGGAAUGUAUCAGUGUGGUGCUACGAACCAACUUAAGACGGCGUAUUCUUCUGCGCAGUUACGAGUGUUGUCCAUGAAGCCCUCUUUUAAAAAACGUCCUCUAGAGUCGGAGAUAUAUGCGAUCUACAAUGGCAAUACGACGAUAGUUUGUGAUCCAGAAGCUGCACCCAGACCAAAAUUUCAAUGGAAAAAAGAUGGCAAUGUAAUUGGCACUGGGGGACAUAGGAGAAUCCUGCCUUCGGGUACUUUGAUUAUAUCUCCAACUUCUCGAGACGAUGAAGGAAUUUAUACGUGUGUAGCUACUAAUACAGGUGGAACUGAUGAAUCUCGUGCGAGGCUUAUUGUAUUGCAGGAACUACGAUUUACUCAAACACCUCCACCACGGAUAACAUCACAAAUCCACGAGCUUAUCUAUCUUCAAUGUGAAGUAAGCUAUGAUGAAGUGUUGGACGUGGCUUUCAUAUGGCGACACAAUGGUGAAAUUAUUCGAAGUGACCAAAACGAAAGAAUUCGCGUUGAUCGAAAUCGCCUAACUGUUCACAAUAUAACUUUACUCGAUGCCGGUGACUAUGAAUGUGUAGUGAAGUCGGCUGUUAAUAAGAUCAGUUCAAAAACAACCGUUGUUGUAGAAGGACCACCUGGUGCUCCUGGUGGAGUGACUGUGAUUGAGGUGGGAAAAACUAAAGCUCUGAUUGAAUGGGUUAAUGGAGCAUCGAAUGGACGAGAAAUUCUUUAUUAUAAUAUACUGGGUCGAACAAAUUGGAAUCGAACUUGGGUCAAUGUUUCCACACACGUUCAGGCACGUGAAAUUGAACGUUAUACUAGUCGCCAACAAGCCGAAGUGCAUAGUUUGACACCAUGGUCGUCCUAUGAAUUCAGUGUCGCAGCUGUAAAUGUUCUGGGAAUUGGUACCCCAUCAGCUCCAUCACCGAUUUAUAGUACUAUCGAGGACAAGCCAUAUAUUGCUCCACGUAAAGUUGGUGGAGGAGGUGGAAAAAUUGGUGAUUUGACUAUUACUUGGGAACCACUAUUGCCUCAGGAGCAAAAUAGCCAUGGCAUUCAUUAUAAAGUUUCUUGGCGCUUGCAUGGCACUUUAGAAUGGGCAACACAGAUAUUGAAAAAUCAAGGCAAUGUUGGCAUCGCAGUAGUUAAUAUACCGUUGGAUAAAUAUUACACCCAAUACGACGUGAAGGUGCAAGCUAUUAAUAAUGUCGAUGUUGGGCCAGAAAGCGAAGUUGUUACGAUUUAUUCGGCCGAAGAUAUGCCACAAGUUGCUCCACAACAGCCCGUUGCUAUUGGUUUCAAUUCGACUGCAUUGAAUGUGACCUGGGAGCCAAUUGAAAUGACCAGAGAAAAAAUUCGUGGCAAGCUCAUUGGACACAGACUUAAAUAUUGGAAAACGGAAUUGGCUGAGGAAGAUUCGGUUUAUUAUUUAUCGCGAACUACUCGCAAUUGGGCUUUAAUUGUCGGUCUUGAACCGGAUACGUAUUAUUUUGUUAAAGUAAUGGCAUACAAUGCUGCAGGUGAAGGACCGGAAAGUGAAAGAUAUAUUGAAAGAACAUAUCGCAAAGCCCCUCAGAAGCCUCCAUCAUCGGUUCAUGUCAAGGGCAUUAAUCCCUCAACUGUUCGUGUUGUUUGGCGAUAUGUUUCACCAUCACAGGAAGAAGAACCCAUUGAAGGAUUUAAGGUUCGUGUCUGGGAAUCCGACCAGGAUAUGAUAACUGCAAAUGACACGGUCAUACCAGUUGGAGAAAAACUAGAAGCGUAUAUAACGAAUCUUACACCAGGUCAGAGCUAUAAAAUGAGAGUAUUGGCAUACAGCAAUGGCGGUGAUGGACGCAUGUCCAGCCCAACACUUCGUUUUCAAAUGGGCAACACGAAUGCACGAAACUCAUCUCAAAAUAGAAAAACAAAUUACGCUCUUAUUGUUGGAUUUCUAAUUAUCUAUAUUUUUGCAUUCCAUUGUUAGUAUCUUUUUUCUUGUUUAUUUUUUUUUAUUCAUGUGUCGUUAAAACAAAAAGUAAAUUUAUCGUAAAACGUAAUAACGCACAUUUACUACAUUUAUGAACGUUUAUACUUAAAAGAGGUCACUCAUUAAAAACAUACAUAUAUCUGCAGCUCAUUUUGGAUUUUAUAACUGUGUCAAAAAAAUUAAUAGUUGCUCACUUUUUUAGUUGUUUUUUGCGAAUAAACUUAUGUCCUGUAUUUGUAUAAAGUCAUAACAUUAUUCCCCUCAUUUUGAUCUAUAAACAUUGCAUUAACUUAAGAAGUAUGUGUAAAUAAAGUAAUUUUCAUAAUGUGCUGAAGCUAUUAAACGUUGUCAGAUAUAAAAUAAAGAAGUGUCCUUUAAAAAAAAAAAUAGAAAGAAUAUCUCGAAAUAUAAAUUAGUUCAAAACCUUAUCAGGAUAAAAUUCGUCCAUAUUUUUAAAAGCAUUGUACAAAAAUUGUAAUUUAUAUUGCAAUGAUAUAACGACAACAAAAACGAUUGUAGUUUUAAGAUUGAAUAAAAAAUUUUAUAUAUUUUUUCAUCAAUCAUAAUCUUAUAUUUUUUACAUAAUACUUGUAUUUUAUUAUUUUUUAAUAGAAAUAAAUAAAACAAACAAAUAUUUCAAAUGAAA